GUCUCUCUACUCGAUCCGCUUCAGUGCCGCGCAGAAACUCAAGACAUGGUUUUUAAUGGUAUUCUUCCAAGUCCCGUCGUGAUCCUGACGCCAUUCGCUAGCCACGAAUCCGGAAAGUUAGACCGAUGACGAACGCCAUUAUAGUUCAUCGACCUGCAAUAAUCAUGGGCGGAACGCAAGGAAUAGCCCAACUCAAUCACGAAGUCUUUCCGCUCCUUUGUCGAAUUUUCAAAUACAUCUCGGAAAUCGCAUGCAUCUUGGAUGGCUGGACGCAAAUAAUUCCUUUCUUCUUUUGAUCGCCUCACGCAUGCCUCCCUUUUCAACUUUAGCUUGACGGAUAACUCAUCCUCAGUCCUGCAAUACACCUUGGAAUAUUCGACUGCUUCGCCGUCUACAGAAUGGUUUACGAGCUGGACCGGGCCCCCGGCCUGGUUGACCUUCCCUCCGAGCUCCUCUUCAAAAUAGCGUCUUUUCUGGACAAACGGUCGGCCACCAAUUUUGCUCGAACCGCUCGUGCGUUCCAGAAACCAUCCGAAUCCUUAAUAUGGAAAACGCUUUCCCUCACACGUUUUCAUAUUGUGGAAAAUACUGCGUCUUUAGUCGCCGGAAACUUGAAUGAGAGGGAAAGAGCCAGUGUCCUCAAUGAUCUCCGGAUCAGCCCCAAAGCUUGGAUCAAUAGCUCAAGAAUCUUGGUUCAAGGUAUGAUAGAUAACCUUAGGCGGGUGGAUUGGCGUCAGACCUAUUUGCGAGAGCUCGACCUCCAACUCGAGGUCAAAGUACCUCUAAACCUCAUUGAUCUAUUGAACGACAUUUCACCAGUGCUCGAAAUCUUGCAUAUUGACUUCCCUACCCCACGUUCAGGCUUCUAUCGUAUGGCCCCUCGUCCUCCCCACCUUCCACGUUUCACCUCUAUUCUUCACAUAAUGAGAGGUCUUCGUCGACCACUUACGGCUCUCAAGCACGUCGAGCUUUAUAUUGAUAAUGAGAACUGGGCAGCGCUAGUUUCGGCCAUGCUUCAGGCCGCCCCUAAUCUCGUGUCCCUGACUAUCAGCACAGAUAUGCACUUGAUAAGAAACAUUUCGGCUGAGGAUAAAGUCCCCAUCAUCCCAGAACUACCAUGCCUGCGAAAAAUUAUUAUACAGGAGAUGGAUAACUCUAUCACUGCGGCUUUGACCGCUAUCAUAGCCAGCGCACCGAAUUUGGAACAUGUGGCGCUCAGAGACUCGAACCUGAGCUGGCAGCCUGCCAAGGCUUCGUUACUAGAUGAAUCCAUUCUCGAUCGUCUAUCGCGUUUGCCUCUCCUGAAAAAGCUUGAGAUCUCUUCCAAUUGUUUCUACGCUCUAUGCGAAUUAGAUGGAUUUAAAAGUGUAGGGGAGCUUUCAGUGCUGUGGAACGUGACAGAACUGAAAACUAGGAUUUGCACAAAUGAUUAUCUAAUACCACCGCUUCCCAACCUGCAAAAAUAUCAAAUCAAAGUAUCUCUGUACUUUACAGAUACAGACUACCGCUGGGAAGAGUAUUUAUAUCCCCGACUGAGUACCAUUCAGCAUCUUACCACCGUCGGCCUCCCCCAGCUUUCCUCCGCUCCUCGCCUGACGAUUAUCUAUUGUCCCACCUAUUCGAAUUAUCAAAUACGCGACUUUAGCAGGAAAUGUGAAGUCGAACGACUACACUUUCCAGAAGCGAACGAUAGGUUAUUUCAAGGUAUUGUUGUGAGGCAAUUUGCUGGGAAAUACGGGGACUUGGUGCACUGUCGGUCAAGAUUCCGAACUGAUGAUGACGACGCAGUCAAGUUGGGACGAUUAAUUUCAGAUGAAACGGCUUGGGAAGAGCAUGCGAUCUACAACGGAAGGCCAGUGCCGGUUGGAACUUUAGCCGCUGUCUAUGCCGCAGAAGGCUUGGCUAUCGGAAGCAACGUUGAGGGGAGAAGCUUGCAACUGGGAGAGGAAGGCACCAAAGUGCUACAGCUAUGGGAGAUGCAAAGGGACGAAUUGUAGCCAGAAUGAUAAAUUGGAAUAUCUUCUGUUCAUGUCGUUCUUUGUUGUACUAUCAUUUGUAAAUAUUUCUUCUGUCGAAUCUUUCCCAUCAUACAUAAUUUAAUAUUUAUGAAUCAAACUUCAU